AAUCUAGAACUCGCGCGAAUCCUCCCCGCGCCUUCCUCUUCCGUCUUCUCUCUCUACACAUACAUAUAUUUGUGUACCUAUACAUGCAUUCGUCGCGUCAAAUUCAUUCCUGUUAGUAGAAACAAUCAAAAGUUGAUAUUCUCUGAAGAGUUUCUACGUUCAACAUUCCAAUCGUAACAAACCAACAAUCGAAAGGAGAAACAUUCGCCUUUCCCUUCGUUUUUUGUUCCAGUAAGUUGAUAUCGGUGACUACUACUGAUGCUACUACUCUGGGUUACUGGUUAAACUGGAGGGUGGGACUCUGUGCAAUAUGGGUCUUGGCACCCAUGUUGAUUGCAUUAUAUAUGAUAUGCAAAUAUGAACGUUCAGACCAAUCAGACUUUGAGGAAACAGUAAUUCUCCAAGAUAAAACUGGGGUUUUGUGUAAUGAUGAUGCUUGGAGGCCAUGCCUGCAAGAAAUUCACCCUUUCUGGUUGUUGGCUUUCCGAGUUAUUGCAUUCUUCCUGCUUUUAGGGACUCUUAUUUUGGAUGUUGUAGUUCAUGGAGGUGGCAUAUUAUACUAUUAUACGCAAUGGACAUAUAUCUUGGUCACCAUCUAUUUUGGGCUCGGAUCACUGCUUUCCAUGAUUGGAUGUUAUCAGCAUUACAAGAUGGGUGCAGCAUCAAAGUUUGCUGGGGUGGGAAAAGAUGCAGAGCAAGGAUUGUAUGUGCCUCUCACAUACAGCGAAGCUGCAUAUAAAGCGAGAGAGGAAAAAAGCUUGAAUUUCCAAAAAAAGAAUGAAUACUACCCUUCUCUAGUUGUCUUGUGUCAUGCCUUUCAAGUUAUUUUCCAGAUGUGUGCCGGGGCAGUGAUGCUGACUGAUUUUGUCUAUUGGUCCAUAAUAUUUCCUUUUCUUACCAUCAAAGAUUAUGACAUGAACUAUUUAACAGUAAUUACACACUCGCUCAAUGCCAUACUGCUCCUCGGUGAUACAACAUUAAAUAGCUUGCGCUUCCCCUGGUUCCGGAUUUCUUACUUUAUUUUGUGGACUGGGGUAUAUGUUAUCGUCCAGUGGAUUGUUCACGCCUGUAUCUCACUUUGGUGGCCAUACCCAUUUCUUGACUUAUCAGCACCAAAUUCUCCCUUUUGGUAUUUGUUGGUGUGCUUGAUGCAUAUUCCCUGCUACGGUGUGUUUGCACUAAUUAUGGAUUUAAAACACUUUGUAUUAUUGAGAUGGUUCCAUCAAUCGUACCAGGGCAUGAGAUAGAAACGAUUCCAAGGUUGAGAUCCGUAUAGUUUUAUUACUCCGUAUGUUUCUUCCAAAUUGUUUGGAAUUUCGAGAUCUCGAUCCAUGUUUCGGCACUACAGAGUAGCAGGAUGUGUUUUCUGGUGGUUCUGAAAUUUUCUUAUCUGGAGAAGUUGGUUCAAGUCAGCCCAAGAUCAUCAGCCUCUUCCAAAGAAAAGAUGUCAUUUGUUUAUUUAUUUCUGUAAUUUUCUUCUUGUUCUGGUUUUUCUCCUUCAUACACGUGUAUACAUACAUGUAUGUUUAUUGGCUCCUUCUUUCACCGGACAAAUGCUAGAUUUUCUCCACUAACCCAUUCCGAAUGCUACUUAAACAGAUUUAUUUUUAUUUA